AUGAGAGGAGACAAGAGAGGAAACGAUAGAGAGAGGAGACGAGAGAGAGGAAACGAGAGAGAGGAGACGAGAGAGAGGAGACGAGAGAGAGGAGACGAGAGAGCGGGGAUGAGAGAGAGGAGACGAGAGAGAGAGGAGACGAAAGAGAGGAGACGAGAGAGCGGAGACGAGAGAGAGGAGACGAGAGAGAGGAAACGAGAGAGCGGAGACAAGAAAGAGGAGACGAGAGAGCGGAGACGAGAGAAAGGAGACAAGAGAGCGGAGACGAGAGAGCAGAGACGAGAAAGAGGAGACGAGAGAGAAGAGACGAGAGAAAGGAGACGAGAGAGAGAGGAGACCAGAAAGAGGGGAGACGAGAGAAAGAGACGAGAGAGCGGAGACGAGAGAGAGGAGACGAGAGAGAGGAGACGAGAGAGAGGAGACGAGAGAGAGGAGACGAGAGAGCGGAGACGAGAGAGAGGAGAUGAGAGAGGAGACGAGAGAGGAGACGAGAGAGAGGAAAAGAGAGAGAGGAGACGAGAGAGCGGAGACGAGAGAGAGGAGACAAGAGAGAGGAGACGGGAUAGAGGAGACGAGAGAGCGGAGACGAGAGAGAGGAGACGAGAGAGAGGAGACCAGAGAGAGGAGACGAGAGAGCGGAGACGAGAGGAGACGAGGGAGAGAGGAGACGAAAGAGAGGAGACGAGAGAGCGGAGACGAGAGAGGAAACGAGAGAGCUGA